GCCAGGGCCAGGGCAAAGAGUUCUGAGGACCAGGGCUGGCGAGGCUCACGCCGGGGUGCUUCGCUUUUGCGGAAAGCUGUUUGGCAGUUGGUGGCAGAGAGGGUACUGGUGACCAUGAGAUCUCUGUGGCUGCUCUUCCUGUGGGGCCUGCUCUGGACCUUUUGUGCCCCAGGGGCCAGGGCCAAGGAGCCCGGGGCCAGCUUCUCGCAUCCCGGCAGCAUGGGCCUGGAUAAGAACACAGUGCACGACCAAGAGCAUAUCAUGGAGCAUCUAGAAGGUGUCAUCAACAAACCAGAGGCGGAGAUGUCCCCACAAGAACUGCAGCUCCAUUACUUCAAAAUGCAUGAUUAUGACGGCAAUAAUUUGCUCGAUGGCCUGGAACUCUCCACAGCCAUCACUCAUGUCCAUAAGGAGGAAGGGAAUGAGCAGGCACCAAUGAGUGAGGAUGAACUGAUCAACCUAAUAGAUGGUGUCUUGAGAGAUGAUGACAAGAACAACGACGGAUACAUCGACUAUGCCGAGUUCGCAAAAUCACUGCAAUAGGCGUAAUGUGGCGAUCUCCUAGUUUGAUGCAAAUGUGACCCGUUAUAAUGUGAUCACACACUUUUGAUAAUGCAAGAUAACUCCUUUCGAAAAUGCUGCAGUAGCAGUAUUUGUAAAAACCUGUAGCAGUUUGUUACACUGGUGUGAGAAAGAGAAAUUAAAGAGCGGAGAAAUGGGACACACUGUAGUCUCCAAGUGCUGUUAAAUCUCUCACUGGACAAGGGCUUGAUUAUGAAGAAUCCCUUUAAGAAAAUUGGAUGAGGGGAGCUGAGCACUCAGGAACGUGACUGAAGAAUACUGCCAGGAUCUUGGUUUUAAUGCAGGCUGUCUGAAAACAGGACCAGGUCUGCUAACUGGACAUACUUUUCAGUAACAAGGAAGGGACGGAAUGAAUGCCAAGUGUUUCCCCUAGUGGGUCAUGUCUCUUCAGGGAAAGGUGGUGAGUGUUCUGUGAAGUGCCUCUGGCCUAGAUGCUUCCUUGUUCUGGCCAAGGAAGUAUUUAUUAAGCUAUUUCCAAGCCACAGCAUCAGAAGAAUGUCAAAGACUGGGUUCAGCCAGCCACCGAGUCUGAGAUUCUGUAUCUCCUGGCACUUCGGAAACAGUACACCACUGACCGACGUGAGUCACUUUUUUAGUUUUUCACUCUUUUAUAGAACUACUGCCACAUCCUGACACCUUCUUGUGUCUUCUUCAGCCUAGGAGAGACUUCAAAUCUAAAAGCAUUCUCUACUUCUAACCAUUAGCAAAUGUUUUAGCUUUUGAAGGAUUUGUCUUUAACUCUUGUUUCUAGGGUUUUUGUUUUUGCAGUUUAGAAAGUCUUAGGAAUGUAAGGACUUUAUCCUUUCUCCUUGAUACCGCAGGGAUGCCCUACUAGCUGGUCCAGCUUAAGUGAUAAGUGAAAAGAUGCUUCACCAAGCACGGUGAUUAACCUGAUACAAGUUAUAUUUAGAAGGCAUGUUGGGGAGUUCCCGUCGUGGCUGAGCAGAAACAAAUCUGACUAGUAUCUAUGAGGAUGCCGGGUCCAUCCCUGACCUUGCUCAGUGGGGUAAGGAUCCAGCAUUGCCAUGAGCUGUAGUGUAGGUCAUAGACACGGCUUGGAUCCUGCUUUGCUGUGGCUCUGGUGUAGGCCAGUGGCUGCAGCUCCGAUUAGACCCCUAGCCUGGGAACCUCCAAAUGCCGCAGGUGCGGCCCAAAAAGAAACAAAAACAAAGACAAGAAGGAAUGUUUUUAAAUUACCUCUUCUAGUCUAGAUACAUUAAUUCUUUCAGAGGACAGAUUAGCAGUGUGAAUCUCAAUAAUUGCAAAUGAAAAGCAGCAGUGAAUUACAAAUGUAUUUAUGGGAUGUGAUGGACAUGUCUGUGAUGGGAAACCUGAAAUAAUGGCUGAAUGGGAAAAAAACGGCAUACAGUUUGCUGUAAGAUAUAUAGAGACUUAUUUUCUGUAUUAAAGUAUUCUUAUAAGAAAAAUAAGUAUUUGUAAAAAUGGUUUCCUGUGUCAAGUAUUUGUGCAAUCAGAGCUGAAUUGUAAACUAUUCUUGUAAUAUCUAGUUAUUUUGAAAGAUUUAUAUAAUGAAUUCUGGAUAUAUGACCAAUAAAAGUGAUGAAAGUUGA